CAUAAGGACAAUCAUAUGUGUUGCUGUCAAAGUCAUGCAUAGUUUUAAUGCAUUAUUGCACUUUAAUUGUGUUGUGUGUUCAAAAUCUAUACAGUGGAAUAUAUAACAUAUUUCAGUAUAGAAUUUUCUUAUUUUCAAUUAUUCUCCCUUAAGUUUAAUAUUGGAUAAUGAUUAGUGAUUAACUUUAUUUGUACCAUAUAAAAUAGUGUUUGAUGUAAAUAAAUAUGUCGGUACGAGACAAGUGGGUUCGCCGGUUUUCUAUCGACGAGACGGCAAAACAUAAAAACGGUUUUACUAUUUACAAGAUAACAUCCGUUCUCUUUCCACUAGAAUCUCCAGAAGCAGUGACAAUAAUAUCAGUAUGGAAAAGGUAUAGCGACAUACAACAGCUGCACAAGUCGAUGAAGUCACUACACAGUGGACUACAUCUCAAAGGGACAUUCCCGCAGCUAGCUAAAAGCAGUUUCUUUAAAAGAUUUCACCCAGAGGUAAUUGACGAGAGAGCAAAGACAAUAAAAGCCCUUCUAGAGUUUGUCGCGGAACAUAGGCUUUUAUUCACUAGCACUGAUUUUGUUAAUUUCCUUCAGACCGGUUAUCCAGAACCGGAUCCGAAGCCUUCAGGAGUGAUCAACGCGAUACGAUCGUCUCUACACCUGCCGAUAGAGGAAACUCCACCACUCGAAUACCAGACAUCUGAAGAUGAAGCCAGGAGUCCUACCACACGAACCGAAACCGCAAACAAUGCAGUCCCGGCUACACCGACAGACAUCGACGUCUCGCAGAUACCGAUAUACGAGGCGGCCGACGUCGAAAUAAGGGAGUCGCCCGAGACCAGUCCGAAGCUAUCCGAGUCGGACAGCUUCGAAUCCAUAAACUCCAUAGAAAGCCUCGACAGCGAGCUGUUCGAGGAGCUCGGCAAGCUGACCGUGGAGCGCGGCGCGCCCGACCUCAUCAGCUUCGACGCGCCGUCCCGCUCCGACGCGCCGGGAGCGAGCGAGACGGAGGCGCAGCUGUGCGAGCGCCGCGGGGACUUCCCGCGCGCCUUCGAGUGCUACAAGGCGCUCGUGGGGGACAUGCUGCGCGCCGUGCGCGCGGAAACGGACCAGCAGACUCGGGUGCUAAUGAAAGAGAAAAUAAACAAAUACCUCUCACACGCAGAAGCUUUAUACAAGAAUCAUCUUUGCAAUGAUGAUUUGGAUCCGCCCGCACCGCCCGCGCCGACCACGCCCCCCGCGCCGCCCCCAGCCCCCGCCGCCCCCGCGGACGCGGGCGCCGCCCCCUCGUCGCGCGGGGCGUGCGGGGCGCGCGGGGCGCACGCGGCGCUGCCGCUGCACGUGCUGCGCGCGGCGCGCUCGGAGCUGGGCGCGUACCGCGUGCUGGCGCGGCGCGCGCGCGUGCUGCUCGUGCUGCACCACCAGCAGCAGCACUGCCGCGCCAUGAAGGUCAUCCAAAAGAUCCCAAAAAAUCUAACGGAGCUCGACGAUUAUUUCCACCAAAGAUCCAAUGAGACGCGUCAACCGAUCCUCCCCACUCUCAUACCCUACAUGGUCCCCCUUCACGCGUACGUGGAGACAGACGAUCUCAUAUUUCUCAUACUCUCCUACGCACCCGGGGAGAGAUUAUUCGAUUACAUCAAAAAUUAUAGAAAUUCAUCUCCGAGUACGAGAGAACUUAAUUUGGAAAACGUAUUUCCUGAACAAAAUAAACGGAGCGAAGAUGUCGACGUACAAAACGACAAUAUCGAUUCAGUAGACGAUAUUAUUAAUAAAAGCGAUGUUUACGAUGACGUCAAUGAAAAUAUCGAAGGAAGGGAUGUUUUGGACAAUGUCGAUGUCUCAGUCAAUGAGUUAGUCAAAAAUUCUCAGAAACUUCUUCUAAAUGUCGAUAGAGUGCUAACGGAGGUACCGAAUAUAAGUAGUGUACGAAAAGAAGAGCUUAAAGGUGAGGUGGAAGAGGAAAAGAGAACGAAGAUGGAGAGAGAGACUGAAAAAAUUACAAUACAGAGUAACAUAUCUCAACCUAAAUCCGAGAUACCUCCAUCAGCUGUGUGUCGGUGGGGAGCGGAGAUACUCACAGCUUUGGAAAGCUUACACAAUUGUGGAGUUAUAUGGAGAGACCUGCGGCCGCGCAACGUGUUGCUGGGCGCGCGCGGACACGUGCUGCUGUCCUACUGCGUCGCGUACGCGGACAGUGACGUCACGCUCGCCGACCUCGCGCGCUCCGGGGAGAAGGAUUGUGUAUUCGUGGCUCCGGAGCUGCUGCAGCUCGGACACGACCCGACGGACGUCGCCUGCGACUUCUGGAGCUUUGGAGUUAUCAUGUACGAGUUGUUAUGUGGAUACCCGCCGCCGCCGCGCGGCGCCGCGCAGCCCGCGCCGCGCCCGCCGCGCGCGCUGCCCACGGACGCGCGGGAGCUGCUCGCGCAGCUUCUAACCUACGACCCAGCGGAGCGUCUCGGUUCAGGGAAAGACGGCAUCGAGGAGAUCAAACAGCAUCCGUACUUCCGGCACAUCGACUGGCAGGAGGUCUACGACAGCUGGAUCGUCCCGGACUGAUGAAACUACAUCGAAGUAAUAGGUUCACGUGACGGAAUAAGGAAUUAUAUUGUGAUAUAGAAGUAACCUCGUAUUUAUAUUGUUAUUGUAAAUAUUGUAAAGUUAAGAUUGAAGGGAAAUGAUUGGGGAGUGAAGUUUCUUAAAUUUUAUAUUGAGAAAUAAGAGAAGGCGUGCUAUGUGUAAGUUUUAAUUUAGAGUUUUGUCUGUUACGCGCCUCGGUGCUCUGUGAUGACGUCACGCAUAAUAGCAAGAAAGGUUAAAUAGACUAGUUAAAGUCUGACGAAUUCGAAACUCUUUGAAUCGUCAUUUUAAUUAAUUUUACGAUUCAGCGUUACGUUCUUUUCUACUUUAAAAUAUUUGUCUCCAAUAUUAGGCAGUAGAUUUCUUUCGAACAAGUCACAAUUCUGCUGAAAAGAAAUUGAAAAACUAAUAUAUAUAAUAAGGGUAAAACUAAACAUAAUACAAUUAUCAUAACUAUAAUUUACAAAGAACAUAAUGCUAUAAAAAAAAUAUUCAGUAAUUUUAAAUUCAGAAUAUUAACAUUUUGUUUGAUUAUAUUGGCUAUGAUUUUUUACUAUAAAUAAGUUCCUUCAUAAAAUGGAAAUGCAUUCCUUUAAAAAUUCUAGUCUUAUUUACGUUUUUUAAAUUUAAUUUAUAAUAUAUGAUUUUGUGAUUUAUUGUUUUGUAUCGGGCGAGAGACCCAAUUAUUGGCACUUGAGGUCAUCGUCUAAUUUGAUGAAGAUUUUUUAUACACAAAACGUACUAUAAGUAUUCACUGAAAGUUUGUGUUACACAGAUUUCUUAUGUAUUAAAUUAUAAUAAUAUUCGAUUUUAUGUAAUGCUUUUAUUGUACUUAUAUUUUGAAUGUCUUGGGAAAUAGUCUAAAUGUUACCGUAUUUUUAUGAUUGUAAACAAAGGUAAAACUUUAGAAAACUACAUAUUAUAUUCCUCGUUUAAACUACAAGCAGAAUAAUAGAUUGAGGUACGGAUAUUCUCCGAGAAAUCAAGAUAGCUAAAAAACACCAACAGCUGAAUGUCUCUUUUCAAUCACACCACUCGAAUUUUUAAGUGUUCAAAUAUUAAUUAUGUUGUUUUUGUGAGUUGUUAGAGUUCAGUAGGAAAAUUUAGUUCCUUGGAUACAUAAAAGUCCAAAAUAGAAAUAAUGUUUUAAUUUUUGUCGCGGUGCUGAUAAUUAGUGCAGUGGGUCCCAGCAUUUGGGUCUGCUACCUUAUAUAAAAAGGUUUUAUUAUUCAAAACUAUAACGAUACUAGAUAACGCGAUAAUCAGUGCUAAAAUUUUAGUUUAAUGUGUGUGUGUGUGUGUGUGAAAAUGUUCGUGUCUGAAAUUGAGACAUGAGUUAUAGUGGUUAUAACCCCCAAAAGACUACAGAUAAUUAUUUCUAACAUUCCGGUAAUUACCAGACUCCCGGUAAAGUAUGUAGGUACAUUGUACAUUGAAUUUAAUUAUUUUGUUUCAUUAUGGUAAAUAACGAAAAAUAUUUUUCUGGCUAAAUUAAUGAACAAAUAUUUGGUAGAAUAGCUUAGAAACACAAAUAAUUUUCUCGAUAAAUUCUUGAAAAACCGAUUCCCUUGACCUUUCGAUCUUAGUAAAUGAUUGACUGGGGGAAGAGUUAUUAUUUCUUUGUGGAUUAAAUACUCUUCAUAUAAAUUUUCUUUUCCUAAAAAUAAAGUUUCAAAAAUGUCAGAGAUUUAGAACUUAAAUAUUGCAGAUUUCCACAUAAUCUUUCACUCGGUAUAAUUUCAUAUUUUUUUUAUAAGUAAAUGCUUGUCAUAUAACAUAUAUCAGCUCCCAGCUACUCUUAGUUUCGCUUCAGCUACUUUCCGCGCCAAUGAUACCUCAUUCGUUGUGUUUUUUUUUUGUUUUUAAUGUAGGUAUUUUUAUAGAUUUAUAAUGUUGGUUCUUUUCGAAAUAUAUAAAUCAGUUUACUUACUACGAACAAAUGAUACUUAAAUGAUUAUAUUUUAAAGAACAUAUCGUACGUAUACGAACAAAUUUGCCAAUUUGCCAAUGUAUAGUCCACAGGCCUGUAAUUACAACGACUCACUCUCCAAAACGGAACAGCAAUGCAAAGUAUAUGUACCAUAAUAAAGAACGAUAGAUAUUACAUACAACAUAGUUUUACAGUUUAUAAUAUAUAAAGUCAAAUAUAAUAACGGAACUAUUAUAUGUAUUUGGGACAACUAACAAAGAAUAAACAUACAUUUAACAAAGUAUUACUUUAAAAUUAAUAAGACUGUCGUCUUAUUUAAACCUUGUUGAAACCAAAACCAAACAUAAAUACAGCGCCACGUGUCUAUAACUCACUAAAAACAUAUGAACAUAUUAAAUAAGGCAAUAAUAAAAGAUAAACAAAAAUAAAUGAUUAUAGAGUUCUGGUAAGGGACGCCCGGCAGAAGAGAACUUAAACUGUCGGAAAUACGUGAGUGCGGAGGAGCGCGCGGGGCAAGGCAGGCCGGCGCCGUAACGCGUUACGUAACGGAGCGGCUUACCCUCCAUAGGAAGGUGUCACUUCAAUACACGUAUUUUAUUUUUUAUUACUGGUGGUAAGUUUGAAGUCGCUAGUGAUCUUAUAGUAUUAGUUGAUAAUGUACAAUGUAUUUUAAAGUAUAUUGAUUACAAAUAUUACAAUAUUUGACGAACUUGUUGCUCUGGAGGCUCGAUAAGGUCGCAGAUCCCGUAAUCCUGGACUAAAACCCCACGUCGGGCGGAUUGAAAGUUUUUCCAUCUGGAAUUUAAAAGUGUGUACACUUCCGUGUCUUGCAAAGCAGCUAAAACUUUUGGUCUCAUGUCUGUGGUGCUAUUACGGUCAUAGAAGACCUACUUUCUAUCAAAUAUUUGUUGCGGAAUGUUGCAGUCGAUAAAUUCAAUCAGUAUUAUGGAGUAUUAUGCUACUGCAUAGGUCCAUAAUACUGAUUUAUAUUGUUUUGAUUUGAUUUGAUAUCAAGCAACAAAUAGUUGAUAGCAACCGUUGCUAUACUAUAGCCGUAAUAGCACCACUGAACUCUUUCUAGUCGUAUCGUGAGAGGGAUUAGGCAUCUGUGUUUUUACACAACCUUGUGCAUUAUAAUAUGUACUUAGUUGACUGGCCUCCUUUGAUAUUGACUGUCGUGGCCAAGAUCAGUCAGGACGAGAUAAUUAAAAAUAAAAACAGUUUUGUGAGUGUUUUGACUAGAUCUGUGGAAAUAUGUGACUAGCUCUGAUAAUUAAAUAUAGUAUAGUUAUAGACGA